AUGGCGACAAAAGAAGCCGAGAGCUGGCAUGUAGCUCAAAUGGUAGCAGAGAUUAUCAACAUUGGGGGAGAGGAUCAGCCUGUAGGUGGCGAUCAGACGAGCCAGGGAACUGAAGUAGGGAUGUGGAAAUGCCAGGUUGACGCAUCUUGGAUCGAAGAUCAGGGCGAUACAGGACUCGGGUUUGUGCUCCUCGACGAUGAAAGAACCAUCCUGUUCGGGUUCAAGGGUAAUAUCAGCUCGGCUUCACCUCUCCAUGCGGAAGCGGAAGACAUAAUCUGGGCGAUGCAGGAGAUACUUAAAAGCGGGAGAAGAGAGAUUCAAAUUCUGUCGGAUUGUGAACAACUGGUGAAGAUCAUACUCACAGACAUGGAAUGGCCGGCUUUAGCGCAGGAGCUAGACGAGAUUAAAGCUUUAUCCUUUGAUUUCUAA